CAUCUCGCGCGCCCGCGCCGAUCCCGGGAGCGUCCGGGCCGCCGUGCGCGAGCGAAGGGGGGCGCGCGCGCGGGCGGGGCGCGCUCCUGAGUGCGGGGCGCGCGCUCGGCGGCGCGCAUGUGCCUGUGUGCGGGCGGCCGGGCUGCCCCGAGCCCGCGGGGAGCCGGACCGCUCCAGGUGGCGGGCGGCCAGAGCGAGGGAACGGACAUGGACUUCGACUCGUACCAGCACUAUUUCUACGACUAUGAAUGCGGGGAGGAUUUCUACCGCUCCACGGCGCCCAGCGAGGACAUCUGGAAGAAAUUCGAGCUGGUGCCGUCGCCCCCCACGUCGCCGCCCUGGGGCUCGGGUGCCGGCGCCGGAGACCCGGCCCCUGGAAUCGGUCCCCCGGAGCCGUGGCCCGGAGGGGGUGCCGGGGACGAGGCGGAACCCCGGGGCCACUGCAAAGCCUGGGGCAGGAACUACGCCUCCAUCAUCCGCCGCGACUGCAUGUGGAGCGGCUUCUCGGCUCGGGAACGGCUGGAGCGAGCCGUGAGCGACCGCUUCGCCGCCGGCGCGCCUCGGGGGAACCCACCCAAAGCGCCCGCCGCCGCGGACUGCGCGCCCAGCCUCGAAGCCGGCGCCCCGGCGCCCGCCGCCCCGUGCGCUCUGGGCGAGCCCAAGACCCAGGCGUGCUCGGGGUCCGAGAGCCCCAGCGACUCGGAGGGGGAAGAAAUUGACGUGGUGACCGUGGAGAAGAGACAGUCCCUGGGUGUUCGCAAGCCAGUCACCAUCACGGUGCGUGCCGACCCGUUAGACCCCUGCAUGAAACACUUCCACAUCUCCAUCCACCAGCAGCAGCACAACUACGCCGCCCGCUUUCCCCCGGAAAACUCCUCCUCCCAGACCCCGGCCCCAGAGAGGGCCCCGCCGGAGGAAGAGGAGGAGGAAGAGGAGGAGGAGGAGGAGGAGGCUGUGGAGAAAGAAGAGCCCCAGGAAAAGGAAGAAGCGGACGAAGAGAUUGUGAGUCCCCCGCCACUAGAAAGCGAGGCUCCUCCGACCUGCCACCCCAAACCUGUCAGCUCCGACACGGAGGACGUGACCAAGAGGAAGAAUCACAACUUUCUGGAGCGCAAACGCCGGAACGACCUCCGCUCCAGGUUCUUGGCCCUGCGGGACCAGGUUCCCACGCUGGCUAGCUGCUCCAAGGCCCCCAAAGUUGUGAUCCUGAGCAAGGCCUUGGAGUACCUGCAGGCCCUGGUGGGGGCCGAGAAGAGGAUGGCAUCGGAGAAAAGGCAGCUCCGAUGCCGACAGCAGCAACUGCAGAAAAGACUCGCGUACCUCAGUGGCUACUGACUGACCCGAAGCCUGACUGCUCCAUCUCACAAAGACCCGGGUUUCAUUUUCAACCUUCCCCUUAGUAAUUUGCACAUUUUGGUUCCCGGAA